GUUGUGGCAGAACAUUUUUUAUUUUCAAUAUAAAAAUUACAAUCAAAUAUAUGAAUUAUUUUAUAUUCAAUAUCUGCAAUUCUUGAAGCAUAGAUUCAUUUAAUAUUACUCUCAUAGCUUUAUUUUGUACUUUCGAGAAGGCAGUUUCAUUGGCAGUCAAUAAAAUAGUUGAACAAAAUAGUAAAUGCGGUAGAAUAAUUGUAAGUAUUAUAAACAAUGUUUUGGAAUAUGAUGCCCUAUGCGUUUACAACGCUUGGUGCCAAGAGAUGGUGCAGCAGCAAUCCAUUUAUUCCUUGUGCUGUGAGGGGGAGUAGCGGUCAGCGAGGCACCUGUGCUAGCAGUGGCUUUGUUUAUAUUGUGUGAGAAGGCGCAUGGGUAAAUACCUAGUGUCAUGCUGACUCAUCUCUUGGCAAAUAUUAGUCAAAAACAUGGAAUAACACGAUUGUCGGAUGCUCUGUGGCUAGCGCAGUACGUUGUGAACAUGACCAUUGGACAUUGAAUUAGGGUUUCUUUCUUUAUCUACAGCCUUAUGGAUAAACUGGCUUCUGGAGGAGGAUUUUUUCGUGGAAACGUAGGCAAUUAGAAUUUGGCUAUAAUACACAUUUUCAUCAUCAACAAGCAUUUCUCGGUCAAAGCGUGAGACAAAAACCCCUAUAAUCUAAUUUGCUGUAGACUGGAAGCAAUUAACGCUAUUUUAACGCCCCUCGGUCUUCAGAAAUUAAUUUUUACACAAACUGCUUUAAUUUUUUUUCAAGAGCUUACAUCUUAACAUAUGGAACAAUAAAAAGGUAUUUGCAGUAGUAAUUUUCGAGAUAUAGGUAUGUAUGUGAAACUGCUUGCGUCCAUUCGAUACAUCAACACCAAGAUACCAUCUAUACAAGCUUCACAAAAUAUCGCAACUUCGAUAACUAUCCCAAGUAUUUAUGGAUUGAUUUCUCGAGGGAUAGAUAUGAUAAAUCCAAAAAGUCUUAAAAAAGUUGUAUAGAAGCAAGCAUGAACGUACGCAGUCCAUCACCCUUCAACUGGCCUCUAUCGAUGGUGAUCUUUGGAUACACUUGUGGAUAUUAACACAUGAUAUACCUCAUCUACCUUUGCAAAGACCUUGGCUCCGUUAACCAAUUGUUUCACGUGUUGAGAUCAGCACAGUUGCAUUAAGAAAAAAUCAGUCAUUUCAGUUCCCAACAUAUGAAAAGGAUAAACAUUUUUGAGCAUUUUAGAAACUCCUGCUUAUAAUCAGACAUUUUUCGGAAAGGUUGAACAACGGGGUUUUGGAGUUGUAGAAGGCAUAGAGAGUCGUAAGUGUUGCAUCAAUGAUAUCAGUGAAAUACUUUCUAUUAUUGACAUGUUUCUUAUCCCCAUAAUGUUGGGCAAUGUUGCAAUAUGAUUUAUUUUCUUAUUUACAAAUAAGUACCUAGUACAUGUUAGUUCUUUUUUUUGCAGUGCGAACGAAAAGUAGUAGUAGCGAAGACAUUCAUAUACUAUCAGAGAAAUCAAACUCGGCGAACAAAAGUAUAGAGGACCUGGACGAUUUAGAGCAAUUGCAAACAUGGCGCAGGACGUCUAAACUACGAAGAUCGUUGCAGUUCCCCAAACAAAAUAAAGAAUCGUCUUCCAUUAAUAGCACCAGUAAGCCGAUAGAUAUUCCAAAAAACUCUGUCAGUGUAAAAAAGAUGAAAGAGGAUCUCGAAAAAGGUAGAAGACUGAACACCGUACUCAGGAAUAACAGUGUCGACUUAGAAGCACUCGAUCAGAUACUACAGUCAGUCUCAGGUUCCGUGAUAAGUGAUAAGAAUUCAGAAGAUUCGGAAUGUGAAGCGAAUAAAAAACAAAAAAGGAAUUCGUUUGUGACUGUAGAGUCUAUUCAGGAGGUCAAAGGGAGAUUGAGAAGAACCAGUUCGCAUUCAAGUGAUAUUUAUAAGGAAAAUGGUAAAGAUGAUGAUGAUGUCGCCGAUGAUGGCAUAGUGGUAGAAGAAACGUCUACAAAUGGGACGUAUACCCCUAUUACAGCAGAAACAUCUCGAGUGAAAUCCUAUGUGUACGGUAUGGAAGCCGCUUUGCUCACCAAAAAACCUGGUGUCGGUACGGGCAGCCUUGAGUCCAGAGUGAAGCUAGUCAAUGGGAAUUCUAGUGCGAAAAAUGAAGACUGGUAUAAUAGGAGGAAGUCAUACGGAUUUGAACAGGUUCAAGCUCAUGAAGACUCGUCCAGCUGUAUUUUAAAAUCCAAGAAACUAGUCGAAAGCUCUACUGAUAGUGGGAUUUGUAGAUCUUCGGAAAUAGUGUCUAGAACAAAUAAUUCACUCAAUGAAAACCAACAUAAUUUAGAAAAUGGUCAAGACCACAAAACGAAUGGAUGGAAAGAGGUCACCACAGGUCAGGUGAAAAAGUUGGCCAGCACUUACGAUUCAAGCGUCGUCGGCCAAGGAGCGUCUUGCUGGCCUCUAAAGCAUACGGAGCUGAAGUCCACCACAAUCACCAUUCCGAUAGUCAAGAACAACAACGUGGUGGAUCUGCCGUGGUACGACGAUAGUGGCGGUGGCGAAAUCAAAAGACACUCUAUCGCCGUUGAUGAGUCACAGUACGUAAGGAGGGUACAACCAAUCAAUGAUCCAAAAUAUAGGAGGACCAGUCUAGUCACCAAUGGCUCUAACAAUACUGCUGAUCUAUUUGAGGACGAAACGAAUACGACCGCUGGAAUUAGGAGGACCAAAAAAGUAGAGUUUUGCAGGACCGAAGUGCACUUCGCUGCUGAAUCUGGAAAGGUAAACAUAGUAGCAACCGACGAAAAACCGCCGCCGACUCAGAAUUUCCGUCGUCGACGUAGAAACUCUGGCCCUCUUCCGGCGGACUUUGGCAACAAGAACGGCACGAUGCCUGUACUACGUUUCGGAGAUUCCAGCGAGGAGCAAACCAUGUUUGGAGUAGCUGGAGAUGGAUCUGGAAUAGAGACUGGAGCUCAAAUGAGUCCCAGGUUACGGCGCAGUCGCGAAGCCAAGGUCAAUCAGUCGGCUUCAGAAGAUCGAAAGACUUUCGGGGUGGUCACCGUCAACGCCGGUGACGUCAGCUGUCAAAAUAAUAUGACAACACCUGUUGCCUCUGAACGACUUACUGCUGCAGAUGAAGAUAAAAAGGAUCCUUUGAGCGAGAAUGAGAUUAAAGGUAUAUUGAAAAACAAACCCAUAAAACCGAAACCGUACCAUCUGGGUGAAGCGCCGUCACCGAUACCCAUUGUGACAUAUCCUUCGUCUGACGAAGAAACAUCUUCUAAAUGGGGUGUCAAAUUACGCCAUGUCGAAAAAUCUUCCACUUACAACGCCAAGAGCAGCAGUAGGGAUUCUCCUCCAAUUUGGAAAUCCACAGUAACAGUGCACAACUUUUAUGAAAAGAAUAGUCAAGAACAAGUAGAAGAUGGCACUGCCGUGACUCCAGAGUUCCAAAAACGCCUUAGGAACUUGAGGCCUACGAGAAAGUCAGAAUGCGAGUACGCCAGCGAUUCAGAUAUCAAGCGGAGUACCCUUUGGAAUCAAGAGGAUAGCCAGGGUAUGGAACAAAAAGGCUGCUACUCCACCAAGAUACAUUUCGGUGAAGGAGAAGCCACUGUCCUCGAAAAUGACGAUCGGCUAGAGGGCAACACGACUUGGCCGACGCUGUUAAAAAAUCUUCCGAACAAAGACUCCAAGCCACUACUUCAAAAAGGUCAAGUCGUCAGGAUAGGAAAAGAAGGUCACCCUUUAAACCACACUGUCCGGUCAAAAAUCAUUACCAGUGGCUCUGAAAAUAGCAACACAACCACAACCAAAAUCACAAUUGAUCUCUCACCAUCCCCUCUUCCUGAACACGAAUACCUUUCAGCUCAUCAAAGAUCUCAUUUCAAAUCUACCUCACUAAUACUAAACACUAUCAAAGAAAAUACAACUAUCAAGGAGCAGCAGCAGGGGUUUCUAGAAGGAGCUAAAAGAAUUGUUAAUGGCUACCAAAAUCAUCUACGAAUACAUAGCAAACAAUCAAGUCCUGUAAAAAUGCUUCUUAACACAACGAGUACCGGUAGAGCUCGAAUAAAUCAAAGAAAUUGUGCGGGUCAUAGUAUCCACGAAGUUGAGGAAGAUUAUCUGAAGGUUCCAAAUAUGGACCAUAAUCCUCGAAAGAUCGAAUUAAAAAAACCUAUAAAGAGGUUAUCUGAUAACUAUGAAAGCGAUGAAAGUUGUACUCAGCAAAACCUUUUGCAGCAUCCUAAACCGAUUCUUGAUCAUGUGGAUGCUAACUGCUGUUCAUCCAGAAGUCAUGGAAUAUCAGAAAAUCGAAAUGAUGAAGGGAAUACAAAAAUGACUAAGCAUAUUCAGAAGGGUGAUGAUCCUAGUAAGCUACCUCACAGUGUUCUUAUUAAACGAAAGUCAAAUAAAUAUGUUUACAGAACAGAUUCUUCCUCAAAUGCUUACUCGGCGACAAACUCACAACGUAGAACAAUGCCCAUUGCAAGCAAUGAUUACGAGGUACUGAGAUGUCCAAGGACGGACACUAAGAGUACUUUAUCUAGUGUUAAUGAUAAGAUAGCAUAUUCUCGUCAAGUAGUCAAAAACGUUAGUGAUAAUGCUCAACAAAAAUCAGAAGCAACCAUCAAAAGUUCACGCGACGGUUUCAAUGACAACCAUCGGCUUCUUCUCAACAACCCAAGUAAGACUGGAGAUAUUAGUACUGAGGCAAUUUCUGGGGCUGUGGCUCUGAACAACUAUGAUCUCAAAUUGAAGACUGAACAGGAUAGUAGGUGGGGUGAGCAGAACUCCUUGGAAGUCUUGAAAAGACUAUAUGAAGAUGCAAAUAGCAGCGAGGAUUGUAGUGAUGCUGACAAAGAGGUGCAGCAGCUGAUGACUUCUAGGACAAACGGUGGUGGCGGCUGGCAUAUAGAAAAUGAUGGAAGCAGUGAGGUAUCGGGUAGCUGGAGUAAGAUGAGGGCAUACAAAAUCAUGUGGGGGAAUAGGAAUAGGACCAACGGAGCAACUUUCAUGUCCAGUGCGCAGAUCGUGGAUAACGAAAAAGAUUCUGCACCACAACUUACAUCGCACACGGUGGCAGACAAUCCACCAAAGUCUACCGUGCCAGUGAAAGUGACUCACACUAAAGACGGAUCAUCCCCAACGCGUGAGCAACCUUCUCCUACUCGAAAAGUUCAACGCAACUCCUGGCCUGCCGUCAGACCUGAUAUAACACUGGUCGAGAAACUGUCUAGUCCGUCUCUGGUAGGCAAAACAGAAAAAGAGGAUGUGGUUGGCAGCCAUUUGAAUAACGAUGCUCUCAAACAGUCCUUGAGGCGCAUCGCGGACAACAUCGUAAUCAGACAACCAAAGAAGUCUGAGAUGACAUAUUUUGGCGUCAAAGUAUCUCCAGGUCCUGAAAAGAAGGUAUCGCAAGCUGUGAUAAAGAAAGAACCAAAACUUUCUCAGAAGCCAGGUUUGUUGCAUCACCACAAGAAGUCUCCAUCUCCAACCAGAUGCAAGUUUAAUAAGCCUAGGCAAGAAUCUCCUGAACCUAUCUAUGAAAAUAUCCAUAUCAAUAACAAAUAUAAAGGUAAAGAAUUCGAUAGCAGCAUACUGGACGAAUUAACUAAAGCUGCUGAUCAAAUUCUUCAAUCUGUCAAUGGUUACACUGACGAAGAUAGCCAAAGCAAACAAAGCACUGAUGAAGAAAAAAAGAAACUCGAAACUAUAGACGAAGCUAGGUCCUUAAAACCGACUACAUAUUCUACAGAACAAAAAAUACCAUCAAAUCAGAAGUAUAAAUUGAGGCAUACUUCUUCAACUUCAUCAGUGGAGAGCGUCACUAAGAAAAAAGAAGCCAAUGAGAAGAUGACAACAACGGCAGAAAGGCAGGCGGCCCUGCAACAGCAAAAGAAAAAACAAGAAAAGAGCGACUCUAGUACAUCAUCAAAGGCACAUUUGAAAGCCAGGCGGUUACAGAGAGCCAGUAGCAGAGAAGCUCUGUUACAUUCGCAUGGUUCAUCUUCCGAAGAUCUGCCCAAUCGGAUUGAAGUGGCAAUAAGAAAGCCUAGGCUGGUAAGGAAAACGAAAUCGGUACAACUUUCUAUGACUAAUGGAUUAGAAUUGAAGAAACCUAACACUGCUGGGGACAGCCCUGCAAUAACCAAACUAAAAGAAGAUCGAUGCAUCAAUAAGGCAGAUGAAAGAAUUUUGAACAGUCUACCCGAGGUACGACAUAAGACAGCUGUAUCAACGAUAAGAAGCACAUCAGAAAAAAUGUCGAAAGAUAAAGCGAAAUACAAGCAUGAAGAUAUGAAGAAGAAGACGCCAUCUAAAAGAGACACAAAUCGAGGUACGAUAUCAGCAACACCUACUAUGAACUCCACAACCAACAGCAAACCGACUGCCCUGCAAUCAGGAGCUGCCCCAACCAGUAGCAAAAGUUUAACGCCAGUGAAAGUGAAGACAGUAGGAGUGACAGCAGCGAAGAGUGAUCGUCAACGGUACCAUCAAUCGCAACAGCAGUCCAAUAGUACCACUGCAACUGCAGCAUCUGCAGCCAUCACUCAACAUCGCAUCUCCACCGCAAAUAUUAAGAAAUGUGUGAACGGUCGACCGACAACGAUGGUGACAAAUUUGAAGACGUGAUGCCACUUGAUGCUCAAUUGCUCAUCCAUCAUCAUCCGUGCUUGUUCUCAAGAGGCGGCGGUGUGUCACACAAGCACUUAUUGCGCCGUGAUAAAAUAUUCCGUCCUCAAACUCUAUGCUACAAUAUAGUCGAUAGGUUCCUAAGAUUUCCUACUUUAUAAUCCUUAUUGUAUUUUGUUACUAGACAUCAAUAACUAUCUGUGAAAAAUAUUUAAUGCUUCCGAUUUCAGUGUUCAAUAGACGUUCCACUUUUCAUUAUAUGUGUUUUAAUGAUUUAUUAUAUUUAUUUUUAAACUCUCAAAUAAUUGUGAUUGUAAACUGCUUUGGUUUUGUGAUUUUUUUUUAUAAUAAACCUAUUAAUUUUUGAA